AAAAUAAAAUGAAAAAGAUUGGUAUAGCCUGGUGUAUAGUACUGUAAUUUGAAAAAGAAAUGUUUAACGUGAGAUUUCAUUUCUAGUUAAUCAUUAACAUCACUCUUAUCAUCUCAUAAAUCAACGGUUCAGAUUCAUUCCUCAGUCUUGGGCUCUUGUUUUAUCCCCCCCUUACCUUCACUCUUUUCUUCCCUCACUCUCUCUCUCUCUGGAAAAAACCUUCUUCAUCAAUCUUCUUUCUUUUUCUACUUUUUCAAGCUAAGUAGUAGUAACAAAGAAAAGAAGAAAAAGUAAGAAGAUGAUGUUAGGAAAAAGACCUCGUCCUCCAAUGAAAAGAACAACAAGCUUGUCAGAAAUAACCUUCGAUCUGAACACAGUAAUUACUGCAGAGGAUGACCCUAACAAUAAUAACAACCUCUUCAACAACCUUCAUGGACCUGCAGGUGUUGGUCCGUACGGACUAUAUCCACCAACUUCACCUGGAAUCAACGGUUCAGAUCAGAGCAGGGGUUUGCCCACAGUUUCACCUAGAAAUCAUAGAAGAAAUUCCUGUGACAUGACUCACCCUGAUUUUUUGCGCUCUUGCUUUCUCUGUAAACGCCGUUUGGUUCCUGGCCGUGAUAUCUACAUGUACAAGGGAGAUAGUGCUUUUUGCAGUCUAGAGUGUCGUCAACAACAGAUGAAUCAAGAUGAGAAGAAGGAUAAGUGUUGUGUGGUAUCAUCAAAGAAAAAACUUGUGGUUACGGCUGGGUCUCAAGUUACCACAAAUUUGUAACAUAAUAUCCAAACAAGGAUUUAUUGAUGGCAUGCAAUAAUAAUUAGCCAUGUGUCCGUAAAUUAUUAUUUAAAUAUGUUAAAUAUUUAUAUUUACCCAGCUUCCUCUUUUUCUCUAUGAUGAUGAUCUCUUGGGAUUUUUUUUGUCCUUUUGUUCUGGCUUUGUAAUUUUCAUCUUGGCUAGAGUGGUUAAUUAUCCACUCUUCUUUGCUUGUUAGUAUAGUAGGCCAGUAUUUUUGAAGAAAAGGUUCGGUUGUAUUUUCCAUUGGAUUUUGGAUCAUAAUAUGUAUAAAGAAGAAGAAAAAAAAAUUAAUAUUGUAAUUCA